UGGGCAAUCAAGAAUAACCAACCUAUAUAUGCAAAAUCACAAUUCUUCAAACCUACAUUUCAACAAAUAAAUGCAGGUUUCAAAAAUGCAAGCUUUUGCCAUUCUGCCUCCUCUUAUCAUGUUGAAACAAGGGCACGAGUAAUCUUUUUUGAUCUUGGUGCUGCUGAAAUGGAUAGUCAAAGGAGGACGGUUUCAAGGAUCUCACAGUCCAAUGAACCCGUUCGAGCCUCUAGUAGUAACCAUGAAGGCCUGAUGAGUUGGCCAGAGAAUUUCUUUACAGCAAGGAAUUCUUUUGUGAACGAGACAACACAGACCAGUUUGUCAGCCAGAGCAAUGGAACUGAGCAUAUAUGGAAGCAUGAUGAAUGACAUGCGAGGGCAAUUCGGAAGCUUCCGCAGAUCUUCUCAAGGCCCAAAAAAUCAUAGUUUGUCAUAUCCUAGAGUACCCACUGGGACGGCAGCAAAUGUCCGACCGCUUGUAUCUGUGCAAUCUGAAGGAAAUAGCAUGAACACAAGGCUUGGUACCAGAGAACCAUUUAGGGUAGCACCGACGCCUCCAUUGCCUCGGCGAAGGCGACAGAGGAAUGUUGAAGGAGAUGAUUCCAGUGACGACUCAGGUGGCGAGGUAAUUGUAAGAAUCGAUUCCCCGAGCACUCUUUCAUUCAGCAAUCUUUCUUGAGUGAUCAGAUUUCAUAGACGUGAGAAACCCUAAACCCUAACCGGAUCUCAUUGAAUAAUAUUUCUUACGAGGACCAAAACUUCUUUAAUGAUCAAGAUUGCAGCUGCAUCCAGGUACUAUUUUGUUUGUGGAAAUUAAGCAGCUGCUGGUUUGCUUCAAUCUUAACUCCUCAUUCUGAGGUUUUCAUGACGAACAAUGCAAGAAUAUUGUUUGCCUCCAGAUGUUCAAAUAUAUGUCAACUUGCUUGAUGUUAUAUGUUCACUGUGGUGAAAUGUGAAUAUUGUGGGAUAAUUGGUUUCUUUC